CCUGCGACGAUCCAUGCGAGGCAGCCUUUCAACAUGAUACAUUAGACUGAAGUCCUCGCUUGUUCGGUCCUGCAUACAAUUCUUAUGUGCUAUUAAGGUUCCAAAACUAACCAGAUUUCUUACCUUUUUCUAAAGUCUCUGGCGAGUUACUUUGGUAUCGUGUUUUCAUAUGAUGGCGGCUCCAUCUAAGCCUUCAACGAGCGGCUACACGCCGGUGCCUACGCAGGAGAGAAUCGACGACGACGUCGAAUCCCCCCAGAAUGACGACGAUGUCUCCGAGGACGAACUUUACACGACUUCGGCUCCCCUUCUCUCUAACAGAUCGCGUGGCAAUGAGACCCCUCAGGCACAGAAUAAGUUGUGCUGGUAUCACAAGAUCGCCGCCCUGAACCCUCUGAGUCGUAAACGCACUACCACACCUGCCUGGCAACCUCCUUUGAAACCUCGAUCAUGGCGCCGUAUUAUCAUAGUUUCGUUCUGUGUGUUCGCCGUUGCAGCGAUCACUGGACUCUCCAUUUCCACAGGUGUCAUUGCCACUCAACUGAACCAAUGCCGUUCUAGUUCACGAUCAUGGUACCCAAGGUACCGAAACCCAAUGACCCGAUUGCCACUGAACAACUGGUGGCUCUCGGCCAACAAUAGACUCAACUUCGUCGAAGUCUACCCGCCGCUCGAGUCCUCCGCAUCACCUGCCUGUCAAGCGGCAUGGCGUGCCCAACGAUAUGUACCCUGCCACGAGAAAAUUUGGAACAGAUCCUGGGACAACGGGAAACGGGCCUCGAUAUUCGACCCUGAUGUCGGCCUCUACGCCGAAUCAAUGUGCACACCGCAGUGCAUGGUAACGAUUAACAAUGCCAUGCAGCUAGUCUCCUCCCAGUGCACAGAGGACGACAAAUUCAACAUGACGAACUACCGAGGCCCCUUCAUCGCUGACCCAGGCCUCGAAGCCGGACCCCUAAGCGUCGUAUCGACGAUCGCAAAACGCGUUUCCCACACCUGUCGCAUAGAUCCCGAUCCUCAGGAGACACCACGAUACUACUGGACGCCGCCGGGGUACUGCUCGGCAAUCCUUUGGGAAGACUGGCAGAUCGUAGAUGGCAUGAACGCAGGGAAUCUCGAAGGCCUGUCCUCUUUUGAUAGAUUGACUGAAAGGUCUCGGAUCGAGCAUAGACAGCGGAGAGAACAUCUUGUGCAGAACGACGAGUGCGAUAACAUCAACUAUUCCAACGCUCGCAUGGUUGGUCAACGAUCGUUCGGCCCCUCGAAGAACGAGACUACCUGCGGUUGGUGUGUCAUGAAUUGGUUCGAGAGGAAGUUGUCGGCCUGGGAGGAGGGCAAGAUUGUCGAUCCCGAGACUGGAAAGAUAGUUGGUUUGAAGGAGUACUUGCAGAGAAUUAAGAAGAUGGGAGAGAGGUGUGACACUGAGGCUUGGGAAAAGACGUGGAACCGAGCUACGAGGAAGUAUAAGGGAGAGAAGGGGAUCGUUGACCCCGUGACAACCGAGCCCAAAGACCAAGAUGAGGAGGAUCUUCUAGAAUGGGUUGUGGUUGUUGAAGGAGCUGGCGAUGCGUAAACGAAUGGCAUCAAUCAUCUUUGAAACGUCCGUGGACACGAUUGGAGUUGUUCUUGUAUGAUGGCGAUUGAAAGAUACAUACGUAUAUCCAGGUGACAUGUUUUGGAAUCAAUAGCUGAAUGGCAUU